AUGACGAAAUCAAGUUGCUUCUACUCGCUUCUCUUCAGUUUUCUCUUUACGACACAACAAAUUAUCGCUAUCGAUUUGGCUCGCUUAUAUGGACAUGAAGGACAUGAGGUUCAAAAACGGAGUGAAACAUGCCAUCCAUAUGAGCCUUUCCGAUGUCCAUCUGAUGGCAAUUGUAUUUCAAUUCAAUAUUUAUGUGACGGAGCACCUGACUGUAGUGAUGGAUAUGAUGAAGAUAUGCGGUUAUGCACUGCAGCAAAAAGGCCGCCUGUAGAGGAGACAGCAUCAUUUCUACAGAGUCUUCUCGCCAGUCAUGGUCCAAAUUAUCUCGAGAAACUGUUCGGCAGCAAAGCGAGAGAUGCUCUUGCACCAUUGGGUGGAGUUGAGAAGGUUGCUAUCGCCCUUAGCGAAAGUCAAACCAUUGAAGAUUUCGGUGCAGCGUUGCAUCUUAUGCGAUCUGAUUUGGAGCAUCUUCGUUCUGUUUUUAUGGCUGUUGAGAAUGGUGAUUUAGGAAUGCUGAAAUCUCUUGGUAUUAAAGAUUCAGAGCUAGGCGAUGUUAAAUUUUUCCUCGAGAAAUUGGUGAAUACAGGAUUCUUAGAUUGA